AUGAUAAUAUCUGUGCACUGCUUCACCUGUAGCAAGAUUGUUGGCAACAAGUGGGAGGCCUGCCUGGGGCUGCUGCAGGCUGAGUACACCCAAAGGAUACCCUGGAUGCUGGCCCAGAAGCACUGCUGCAGCACUGGCCCAAGUGGACCUAACCAAGAAGCUGCUCAACUAUGCGCCCCUGGAGGAAUGA